CCGCUUGCUCACUGGCGGGUUUCGGACAGACCCGCGGUGGUCCAAGAUCCGGGCGCGCCCUGGAGGCCCGGCCGCACUACUCUGUAACGCGACGGGUGCGCGGCCUCCCCUGCCAUUGGGCUGCAGGAAUCCGGGCCAGGCUGGAGGGGCGCGUUGGUGUGAGCCCCCAGUGCACGCGCCUGCCCCCAAAGGACUGGAGCCCUGGGCAAGAGGGCGGGGACGCGGACCUGGGGAUGCGCGCACCGCGGUCCAACCCCCUCCCCUCGCCAGGGCCUUCUCCCUGCAGGGGACCCUCCCGGGGAGGCGGCUGCUGUCAGGGUCCCUUGAGAGCAGGGAGCCCCGGGACAGCGGUCACUUUCAAGAUUAUGUCGUCGCGGUCGGCAGCCACACGCGCGAGCACGGCACACAUUCAUUUGGCGUUCGGGGCAGGCUUCACUGAGUCGUCCCGCCGCCUCCCAUCCUCCCUUCUCAAGGAUUUGCCGCGGAAAAAUCGCUGUCUCCUGCAGUAGCGGUUUCUCGUUCUGGGCUGGCCCGGCCCGGCCCGGCCCGGCCCUGCCCGAACUCUGCCAUCAGCCACACACCAGCCCCAGCCUAAUGGGCUCCCCUAGUUUAAUCUGACCCCGCCCCAGGGUGCACGAAUGAAGGGCGUAGACCAAGUGCAGGGGCAGAUCUGGCCUUUAUUUAAAAUGUUGAUAUUUUGUUCAUCAUGGACUUUUUGCAUUAGUUUUGAUUUUUGAAAUAUUUCAUUGAAAUAUUUGUUUUAUGUGAGAGCUGAAAAGAUAAAACUCUUAGAAGUAAAUCUUCAUGGCCUUGGAUUUAGCAAUGGAUUCUUAGAUGUAACACCAAAAGGACAAGCAACAACAACAAAAUAGAGGAAACCUCAAGCGGAUCUAAAGGAGGUAUCUCCUCAAAAACAUCCUCUAAUGUCAGAAGCAAGUGAGCACUGGGAAGAAGGCUUAAGAAAAUGGCAUGCUUAUGAAACUGCUAAGGCACACCCCAGGGAGGUUGCAAAACCUGCAUCUAAAGGAAAGCCCAGGCUUCCAAAGGCUUCUCCUAAGGCAACCUCCAAACCCAAGCGCAGGCAUAGGAAAGCACAAAUCAAGACCCCAGAGACCCCCAGGCCAAAUACAAAUUCCAGUAACAACAUAGAAGACAAUCAGGAUGUCCACUCCGAAGAGCAUCCUUCCCAACAGGAUCUCCAGCAGCUUAAGGAAAAACCCCGGAUCGUCCUGCCUUGGUGGUGUGUUUAUGUUGCAUGGUUUUUGGUUUUUGCUACUUCUAGCAUAUCCUCAUUCUUCAUCGUAUUUUAUGGACUGACUUACGGCUAUGACAAGUCAAUAGAAUGGCUCUUUGCAUCUUUUUGUUCAUUCUGUCAGUCAGUUUUUCUGGUGCAGCCAUCUAAAAUUAUACUCUUGUCAGGCUUCAGAACAAAUAAACUCAAGUAUUGCAAAAACCUUUUGUGGUCAACCAACUAUAAAUAUACUGAGAUCAGCUUGGAUGGAAUGAGAAUGCAUCCAGAAGAAAUGCAGAGGAUACAUGACCAGAUUGUCCGAAUCCGAGGCACGAGGAUGUACCAACCCCUUACAGAAGAUGAAAUCAGAAUAUUCAAAAGAAAGAAGAGGAUCAAGAGAAGAGCACUCCUGUUUCUGAGUUACAUUCUAACUCACUUUAUCUUUCUAGCCCUUCUGUUGAUCCUUAUCGCCCUACUACGUCACACUGACAGCUUUUACUAUAACCAGUUUAUUCGUGAUCGGUUCUCUAUGGAUCUUGCUAAUGUGACUAAGCUAGAAGACAUCUAUAGAUGGCUAAACAGCGUGCUGUUACCUUUGUUACACAAUGACCUGAAUCCAACAUUUCUUCCUGAAAGCUCAUCUAAAAUCCUUGGCCUUCCAUUGAUGAGGCAAGUGAGAGCAAAAUCUAGUGAAAAAAUGUGUCUACCUGCCGAAAAGUUUGUGCAAAACAGCAUCAGAAGAGAAAUUCAUUGUCAUCCCAAAUAUGGCAUUGACCCAGAAGACACAAAAAACUAUUCUGGCUUUUGGAAUGAAGUUGAUAAGCAGGCUAUAGAUGAGAGUACCAAUGGAUUUACUUAUAAGCCUCAAGGAAAGCAAUGGUUGUAUUAUUCCUAUGGACUACUACACACCUAUGGAUCUGGAGGAUAUGCACUCUAUUUUUUUCCAAAACAGCAGCAGUUUAAUUCCACACUGAGGCUCAAAGAACUUCAAGAAAGCAAUUGGCUGGAUGAGAAGACAUGGGCUGUGGUUUUGGAAUUAACGACUUUUAAUCCAGAUGUAAAUCUGUUCUGUAGCAUUUCAGUCAUAUUUGAGGUCUCUCAGUUAGGAGUUGUCAACACAAGCAUAUCUCUGCACUCUUUUUCACUUGCUGAUUUUGACAGAAAAACUUCAGCAGAAAUCUACUUGUAUGUGGCCAUUCUCAUUUUUUUCUUAGCCUACAUUGUGGAUGAGGGUUAUAUCAUUAUGCAAGAAAGAGCCUCCUAUGUGAGAAGUGUGUAUAAUUUGCUCAACUUUGCUUUAAAAUGCAUAUUUACUGUGUUGAUUGUGCUCUUUCUCAGGAAACAUUUCCUGGCCACUGGCAUAAUUCAGUUUUACUUGUCGAACCCUGAAGACUUCAUUCCCUUUCAUGCAGUUUCUCAGGUAGAUCACAUCAUGAGGAUAAUUUUGGGUUUCCUGUUAUUUCUGACAAUUUUGAAGACCCUCAGGUAUUCCAGAUUCUUCUACGAUGUGCGCCUGGCUCAGAGGGCCAUCCAGGCUGCCCUCCCUGGCAUCUGCCACAUGGCAUUUGUUGUGUCCGUGUAUUUCUUUGUAUAUAUGGCUUUUGGUUACCUGGUGUUUGGUCAGCAUGAAUGGAACUACAGUAACUUGGUUCAUUCCACUCAGACAGUAUUUUCCUAUUGUGUCUCAGCUUUCCAGAACACUGAAUUUUCCAAUAAUAGGAUUCUGGGGGUCCUGUUCCUCUCAUCUUUCAUGCUGGUGAUGAUCUGUGUCUUGAUCAACUUAUUUCAGGCUGUAAUUCUGUCUGCAUACGAGGAAAUGAAGCAGCCUGUGUAUGAGGAGCCAUCAGAUGAAGUGGAAGCAAUGACCUAUUUGUGCCGUAAGCUGAGAACCAUGUUCAGCUUUCUGACCUCACAAUCUAAGGCCAAAGAUGAGCCUGAGUUCUUUACUGACAUGCUGUAUGGGCAGCCAGAGAAGAACAGCCGCCGUUAUCUGGGGCUGAAGACCAGAAACAUCAACGGGAAGAAAAUGGUUUACCUUGUUGUUUGAUGGAUGAUGGUUUCAUGAGUCACAAGCAAGUGUUCCCCCAAAUGCUGAGUCUGUGGGAUUAAGGGAAUUAGGGAGCGUCAGUGGCUUAGUCAUGCUUUCUAUUCAUGUCCUUCACAAGGUGCAUCCCCUACAUUUGGAAGAAUCCCCAAUCUUGGCCUCUGCUCUUGGGAAUGUAAAAGUUGGUGUGGUGUAGCAUCUGGGGAGACAGCAGGAUCACAGUGUGUGAUUCCUGGACUGAUUUCCUUUUAGAGGGGAGUUAUGUGACUCCCUGUACAAGGGCAACCCUGUUUCUUUGGUGCCUGAAAUUUAGCGAAGGCAGAGCCACUGGUUUUGAGAACCAGAUUUGAGAGAGGGACCCGGCCAGGGUGGAGCAUUUUCUGGUGUUUCUGUGCUUGACCCACGUUGGAAGCCGAUGGCCUGUUGUUCCUGACAGAGCCCCAAACUCCUUGGCCUUGCUGGGAGGCCCCUUUGUAGAUCAGGGCUGCCAAGCCUCCCCUCCUCUUGGUCCAUCUGGGCUUAGGGCCUCAUGGGGAGUUCCAGGGCUUGCUUCAUGCUUGGGAAUAGAGAAGUGGUGCUUCUCAUUUAUUCUUAAAGCUACCGGUAGUUAAAGUAAAAUUCAGUAACAUUUUCUGACCAAGACACAUGUUUUGUUAAACAACAAAAAGGUGUAUGUGGAUUCACAUUGAAAUAUGUCUAUAUGUUGAAUAUAGCAACAUAUGCAUCUAGGAUUUGGGCAUUUGGUUAUUUAUGGUGUGCCAGACUAUUUAGGAAUAAGGAAAAUGUGGUUUAUCACUCCAGGGAAACAAGGGACGGUAGCUGUACUAUUUUCACUCAGAAGCAUGUUCAUUUAUGUAGAUGCCACUAAGCUUUAUCAGAAUUAAAUGUGAGAUUUCUUCUUUGA